GGAGCACCAUGGCCGGACUGCUGGCCCACGCGCAGCCCGCGAUGCGCCCAGCCGGCGCGGGCGCGCCCCCGUUUGGCAUCCGGCCUGCGGCCGCAGUGCCGAGCGGCCAGUCGCCCGAGCAGGCGCUGGCAGCCUCUGCCAUGCAGUACCUGCAGCAGCAGCCGGAGCAGCAGCCGCCGCAGCAGCCCGUGCAGCAGCAGGUGCAGCCGCAGCAGCUGCAGCAGCAGGUGCAGCAGCAGGAGCAGCAGCAGCAACAGCAGCAGCAGCAGAC